AUGUCUGCAACACCUGCAGUCAAGUAUAAGCCGGUCUCUGACGACGGUUUCGAGGACGUGAAGACCGACGACGACCACGAAGAAUACCCCUUGGAUCAGAGAAAAUGGAACUCCUGUAGAGGCACAUCAAAGUCAAGGAGAGCACUCCAAAUACUUGCUUCACUCCUCAUCCUAGCAAUUUAUACGUGGGCAGUACUUUACUAUGCCCGUGAAGUCAUCUACAAGCCAUUCUGCCCUCGACUCACUACACCAGACACGGUACAUGUGUGGGACAAGGUUGAGUUCAACCCACAGCCCGUAAAUCCAGUGACGCCAGGUCAUGACCACCCACUUUUGGGCAACCCGAGCCCAGAGGUAGAUGCAAAUUGGUCUGCAUUACUUUCAGGCAAGCCCUUUGUGUCGGUUGAUGCGGAGCCUCGACACCGGUUCACUAAUCAAUCGCAGCGUUUGCCAACCGAAUCCCGGAAUCCGAGGUAUACCGACUUGGCAUGGAGGCAGAUGCGAUACCUUUCAACGAUGGAGAAGGCGGCUAGUAAUCUUGGGGGCCUUGCUAUGGUGCAUAACUUACACUGCAUCAACUAUUUAUACCAGGUUGCGCAUAGAGAGUACUAUUACACUCCCAAUACCACGGAGAAGGAGGAUGCAACUCAGAAGAGUCAUAUUGCUGAUUCCGACUUUGCCUCAGGACACUGUCUCCAUCAUAUCAUGGAGUCCGUGAAAUGCCAGGCAGAUUUGACCCCCGUUCUACUUCAUUGGACUCUCCACGAUUUCCACUCGGUCAUUAACUGGGACGGUGUCGAACGUACCUGUGCCGACUGGUCACAGUUGAUGGACUGGGGUUCAGAGCAUUCCGUGAGAAAGUCUACUUCCAUAUCUCAAUUCACAGACACGAAGCAUCCAAUUUACGGCAACUUCUUAGACGAACACGGCAAGUUCAGCUGGGUAGAUCAAGAGGGAGGUGUUGACUACAAGGAGUUUUUCAAAACGCCAGAGUACCAGAAGUGGGCAAAAGAAGAGGGGCUCGCCUCAGGAGAGGCCGCGGCGGAAGAGUACCUAAGGUCGUUUUACGUCAAGCAGUGA